CAGCCAGGCCUGGAGCCCCUUUUUCCUCUCAGACCUUCUGGAUCUCUCUCUGCCUGAGCAGAGAAACUUGUGGAGGUCCGACCCCAGCAUUAAGACCAGGAGCCGCACUGGGUCAGGUGGAGGACAUCUGAACACCGGAGUGUAAAGAAGAGACGGACUGCGUCCCAUCAACCAAGAGGACAACAUGUCUCUGCUGUGCUACAACAAAGGCUGUGGACAGACGUUUGACCCCAACAAGAACAAGGACGAUUCCUGCCUCUUUCAUCCAGGAGUUCCCAUCUUCCAUGACGCCCUGAAGGGUUGGUCCUGCUGCAAGAAACGAACAACAGACUUCUCUGAGUUUCUCUCCAUCAAGGGCUGCACCCGCGGGCCCCACAGUGAUGUGAAGCCCCCGGAGCCUCUGAGGCCCGAGGUGUUGUCGGAUAAAGGCGACGCUAAACACACCGACAGCCAGGAGAUCAUCUACCAGGGACCCAAAUCUGCUGAGGUGCUGCAGAGAGAGAGACCCAGGUCAGACGAGCCCAUGACCAAGCUGCCCCACAAAGUGUCGGCGUCGCUGCUUCAGGCGCUGGAAAAACUGGGCAUCAGCCAGACGACAGAGAGCGAGCAGAAAGAGGCUCAGAGCGUCAUGUAUGGGACGCGCUGCAAAAACACCGGCUGUAAAACGAUCUAUCAAGGCCCCGACACAGACUUGGAGGUCUGCACCCACCACCCCGGGGCCGCGGUCUUCCACGAGGGGUACAAGUACUGGAGCUGCUGCUGCAUAAAGACAACAGACUUCAAUGCUUUCCUGGACCAGAAGGGCUGCGCCACAGAGAAACACACCUGGGUAGCAAAGCAGGACAAGAAGAAAGUGGCGUGUCGGUAUGACUGGCACCAAACUGGAAACACUGUCGUGGUAACGAUUUAUGCCAAGAACUCAAUCCCUGAUUUGUGCAACAUAGAAGCCAACCGGACAGUGCUCUCGUGUCAAAUACAGUUUGAAAGCAACAAGAUUUUCAAGAGAGAAUUCCACCUCUGGGGGGUCAUCAACAUCAAACAGAGCUCCAUCAACAUGGUUCCAUCUAAAGUGGAGAUCAUGCUUCGCAAGGGUGACCCAGUAGCCUGGGGCAAACUGGAGGACCCCAACUACAAGCCUGAACCAGGACCCAUAGAGGACGACUUAUUUGAAACCCCAGAGUCCUACCAGCCCGACUUGGACAUUGAUGACGAUGACAUCAGCGACUCGGACGAAGAGUGGGCCAACGACACGCAGCAGAAUAAAACGGAGAACGGUAGUGAUGAGCAGAAGAAGAAAGAGCAGGAGCAAGAGAUGCUAAAUUUAAAGAGGAAAGAGGUGGAGGAGGAGAUGAAGAGAUUGAUGGAGGAGCAAAACAGGAUGGAUGAAGAGAGGAGGAAACUACAAGAGCAGAGGAGAGAAGAGGAUCAGGGAGGAUUUGAGGACAUGCCAGAUUUAGAAGAUGGAGAAGCUGAUUUUGACGGAUAAAUAAAAGGAUUAGUUUAAUUUUGUAGCAUAGGAAGUUUCAUAAUUUGGAAAAUUUAAAUGCUAAUCAGUUUUUUUUUACAACAAAUCAAAAGAAGUGAUCCUCUGUGAUUUCUUUCAUUAGAACAUCUUUUUCAAGAACGACAAACUGCAGUAUUUUAUCACACAACUUCAACAAUAAACUCCUCUGUUUCUGUGA